AUGGCUCAGCUCCCGGCGCGGUUUCCUUGCUGGUGCCGAGCAGUAUAUUCCUGGGGUGGAGAGACCACACGAGAUCUGGGGUUCGUGGAGGGUGACUUGAUCGAAUGCUUGAAUGCAGGCGAUGGACAAUGGUGGAUGGGUCGAUUGCGCCGUGACAGGCGCGCGGUUGGACUGUUCCCAUCAAAUUUUGUCGAACUUCUGAGUGAAGACUUUGUGCCCGUGAGCCGUGAUACUACAAGUCCAAUGGUGCUAGCGGGAUCUUCUCCGAUCAACAAUCCCACAUCAGCCCCCAAGAAACAGAAGACCGUUUGGCGGAAACCCUUCCAGGCGCAUAAGGAAGCCGUAUCACCAGCUUCCGUUGCUCGGCGCGCAACCCAAUCUAGUCCAGCUGCGCCCGCGAUUCCCCAACCACCACCUCGCGAUGGUGGGGUUCCACGAAGCACGAAGCCACUGCGCACGCAUGCGACAGCUGUCAAGAAUCAAGGCUCAGUAUCUCGACCUCAAUCAACCUCCUCGCGGCCUUCAUCUCGCGGUGCCUCUCCUCGUUCGUCCGCAGAGCCCGAUCGGUCGCCAUCGAUGCUGCCGAGGGGAAGCGUCUCAUCCUCUCGGCCUUCAUCCCGCGAGCAAUCUCCUCUACAAACGCAGGAACGUUCAUAUGCAUUGACUUCGAAGGGCAGCGUCUCAUCUACUCGGCCUCUGUCCCGAAAUCCGUCCCCUUUACCAGUACACGAGCAUCCGGCUGGCACGACUCCACAAGGCAGUAUCACAUCUUAUCGGGCUUCGUCUCGUGAGCCAUCUCCGUUGCAAAUGCAGGGUUAUCCCUCCCCGACCAUACCGCAUGACAGUAUUCCAUCCUACCGAGGCUCAUCGCGGGAGCCGUCGCCAUUACAAAUGCAAGAAUAUCCGCCCCCUACUAUUCCCCACGGAAGUGCUUCGACUUAUCAGGUGUCAUCGCGUGAGCCAUCCCCGAUGUAUAUGGAGAAUCAACCACCUCCAACAAUGCCACAUGGAAGUAUGUCCUCAUACCGGGCUCCCUCGCCACUACCCAUACAGGAUCAUUCAUCUGCGAGGGUCCCACAUGGGCGUAUUCCAUCUUACCGGGCGCCAUCUCCGCUGCCAAUGCAGGAGAAUUCUACAAUGGGCUCACAUGGUAGUAUGUACCGGGAUCAUUCGCGUGAGCCAUCUCCAUUGUACAUGCAGGACCACCCACCUGCGCCCAUACCACAUGGAAGUAUGUCCUCCUACCGGGCUCCAUCCCCGUUGCCAAUGCAGGAACCUCCAUCAGGGCUCGUCUCUCACGGGAAUAUGUCAUCUUAUCGGGUCCCAUAUCGCGAGCCUUCUCCGGUGCCAAUGCACGAAGAGCGGGAAGACUCACCACCUCCUCCGCCCCCGCCGCCACACCGAGUUGUCGUCGGUCGUACGGAAUCCCACUCUCCACAGCCGCCAAUGCAAUCCCAACCACGAAGUCAUUCGCCGCUACCACAAAUGUACUCAUCCCAACAUCGCUCACACUCUCCUCAGCCGCCCAUGCAUUCUCAAGCACGAAGUCAUUCGCCGCUACCACCAAUGCACUCAUCCCAGCAUCGCGCAAACCCACCAAACCCACUAUCACACCACCAUCCGCCCCCGUCACGAUCCCCCACACCACUAGUUAUGAAUGACCGUUACGCAAUUUUUGAUCGAACCCCAUCUCCGUCUGCGGCUUCAAUGCACUCCGCUGUUUCUGCGACCUCAGCACAGUCAGACAUCCAUGGAAAUACACCAUCUCCGCUUCGGGAUGCCAUGGAAGAUGUAAUGACCUCAUUGGAAGACAUGGGCCUUCCUCGCCGAGACCAGUCGCCUUCCCCGUCCCCAGUAUUCAAUAAUCCCUGGGCCCCCGAAGCAUUUGAGACUUCGCAAGACAGGACCCCUCAAGGGAACAGACGCCGGGCUUUGACAUCAACGGGUUUUCAUGGACAUAAAGAGCAACCACAGAGUGGACUCGCCCACCGCAACAGCGUUUAUAGCCAUGAACAGAUGGAUGGUCCGCCUCAAUUGAACAACUACGUGCAAAGAAUGGAGAGCCGCCUACGGCAGCUGGAAAAUCAGAACAGACCGUCUGAUGAUCGAAGAGCCAAUCAGGAGGACGACAACGCUCCUCCUCCCCCUCCAAAACAUGCCACUUACCACCCGCGAAAUAAUUCUAUACCAGGGCAAUACGCUCCCCUCAAGGCACGGCGCUCAGGUCAUGAUAUUCGGGGUGAUAUCCUGAACCGGUCGUUUACCAAUAAAUCCAGUGCGACCAACUCAUCCAGUGGGGUGCAGAGCAACGGCACAUCCAUGACAACGAGCACAGACAAGACCAGUCAAAGCGUUAUGAGUGGUUUUUCUGCGGGUGGAUUCAGUGCUACGAGUGCAGGGAGCUUCGCCAGGCGAGGCGGGAAUGAGAGGCCGAAUACUGCUAUGGACACUGUCCGCUCCCGGGGUUUCAGUGACGUACGCCCGGAGACGCCUUUCACAGGUGUUUCGUAUCAUUCUAGUCAUAACUCGUCUCGCCAGGGAGCGUCAUCGGCUAUUCCGUGGUCAUCCACCGGUUUGGAUGCGACGGAUCACAGCGGUGUUUUUGGUGGUCUUACUACCCCAAAGAGCAAAAAGCAAGGGUUUUUCAAAAAGAUAUUUGAAACAGCCAAGACUGGCGCAGCCAGCGCAAGGAGUAGCAUUUCCGUUGGUCAUGGCGAGAGAUCGGGUUCUCCGACAAAGAGUAGCAGAGGAAUAGACGUCGUAUCACCAGCUCUCACGUCUCACUCCAACCGCGAUAGUGGUCGUGACCUAGGACUCGGAACGGGCACCAUUGACUGGGUUCAGGUACGCCGAGAUGUGAACCGAGCGUCGUCCCCGAGUCGAAAUGAGAGAAUCGACAGGGCAGAGAGAUGCCAGAUGAUGGACCACCCUGUUAUCUACUCUGUGGAAGAGCUAUACGAUACCGCGGAGGGCGAUGAAAGCAUCGAUGGGCAACCAAUCACCGAGCCAACUAAUUUCAACGCGGCCAAUCUCACCCUCGUUGAUAAGAGUGCACGUUUCAUUAGCAGUCUACCCCCAAUGACGAAUCCCAUGAGCCUCGCACAAGCCUAUAUCUGUCGACCAUAUAAGAGUGAUGUCCAGCGCCUUCGGGCCAUUUUUACCUGGGUCAGCGAGAAAAUAUCGUGGGAGGAACCUGUCGACGGCCUCGAAGUUGACAUGAAAAGACUUCUGCAGGCCAAACGAGGUACCCCAGAGGAAAUCGCACUACUGGUACACGAGAUGUGCGCAGCCAUUGGUCUGCAUACAGAAAUCAUCCGAGGAUUCCUUAAGAGCCCUGGUGACGUCCUUGAUCUAGAAAGCCUUUCCCAUCCCAACCACUGGUGGAACUCUGUCCUUGUUGAUGGCGAAUGGCGCUUUAUGGAUUGCGCACUUGCAAACCCCACGAACCCUCAACGUAGUAAAUUCGUUUCAAACAACUCUUCCAUAGCGGAGAGCUGGUACUUCCUUACACGCCCCCUUGAUCUCUGCUACACUCAUGUCCCGCUCUAUCCGGAAGAACAGCACAUCUGCCCGCCAAUUUCACCAGAUGUUCUGCUUUCCCUACCCACCGUGUGCCCACCAUUCUUCAAGCUUAACAUCCAGUUACCGGACUAUGACACAAGUCUUAUCCGUAUCGAUGGAUUGGAAGUUAUGCAAUUACGCAUGGUAGUACCUGCAGAUGUCGAAUGUGCUGCGGAAGUCGAAGCCCCAGGCUUUGCCCGCGAUGCAGAUGGCGACGUCUUCGAAAGUGGAGACAUCGUGCGCAAGCGUGCCCUGGUCCAGCCGGAUUGGAUCAGAGGCCAAAAACGCAUCACAAUAAAGGCUGUAUUACCAGGCGACGAAGGCCAGGGUGUGUUGAGGAUCUAUGCAGGUAAGAAAGGCCUGAUGCACACAAGCAGAGAUAUUCCCCAUCCCUUAGCUCUGGCCCUGCCAAUUCUCCACACUGGAGAGAAUCCAUCUUACGACUUUGUCCUGCGCCAUCCUACACCCCACGCCCAGCGACACGACUUGUACAUCAUGCAGCCGCAAUGCUCUCGCCUCGCAGUCAACAAUACCUUUGUGUUCGCUGUCCGGCAACACUCUGCUGCUCCCGCAUCCGCCAAGGACGAGACCUCUAAUGGCCGCGGCUCGCCCUCGUCCGUCUUCACUCGCCCCUCUAGUGCACUGAGCAUGGUGUCCAGCACAGCGGGUGGCUCGACUGUCUCGGGUGCCUCGAAUGAAUUCUCGGCAUCGACUUCGGCCAUUUCGUCGACUAGAUCAGCCUCUGGACGUGACAAAGCUGCGAAAUUAGCCAUUCAGUCUCCGUCCGGCAAGAUCCUUCGUCUUACCCGUAAAGCUGAACACAUGAUUGGCACUGAUACUGGCACCGAAUCAGUCACCGAUGCCGUCGCUGAGGGCAGUGUUUGGGAGACAGUUAUUAAGAUCGGUGAACGUGGUAUGUGGCGCGGUCUUGUGCUAGCUGACCGGGCUGCGCGCUGGUGUGUAUUCUGCGAGUGGGAAUGUGUUUGA